AUGUCCAUGGAGCCACUGAAAUUCCAGGCAGUGGGUGAAGAAGAUGAGGAGGAUGAAGAAGAAGAGAGCCUGGACUCUGUAAAGGCGCUGACGGCCAAGCUGCAGCUGCAGACACGGCGGCCCUCAUAUCUGGAGUGGACGGCCCAGGUCCAGAGCCAGGCCUGGCGCAGGGCCCAAGCCAGACCCGAGCCCGGGGGACCUGGGACCAUUUGCGGCUUCGACUCAAUGGACUCUGCCCUUGAGUGGCUCCGACGGGAGCUGCGGGAGAUGCAGGCACAGGACCGGCAGCUGGCAGCGCAGCUGCUUCGGCUGCGGGCCCAGCUGCACCGACUGAAGGUGGACCAAGUCUGUCACCUGCACCAAGAGCUGCUGAACGAGGCCGAGAUGGAGCUGGAGCUGGAGCCGGGAGCCGGCCUGGCCCUGGCCCCGCCACUGCGGCAUCUGGGCCUCACGCGCAUGAACAUCAGCGCCCGGCGCUUCACCCUCUGCUGA